GUAAGACAAAUUACACCUUUUUGCCAACACAAAGUCUUGUCUGAAAAAACAAUAUGUGGAAAAAUAUCUUCAAAAAGUUUGAUAAAUUUUGCAAAAUUACAUGUGCACGCAUUUAUGGGAAAUCUGUGUGUUUGAAAUAAAUAAUAGAUUUUACUAAAGUUCGCAUGGGACACCAAACAGGCUAGCACCGCCUCUGCUACUAAUCAACAACUCACGUCUCUCCAUCGACAUACUCUGUGUAGUUCUUUCACGGAAGUCGCCGACAAGUCCCGAGGUGCAUUGCGGCUAUUGCUAUAGCAGCGGGAAGUUGCUUAGCACUGUUUACCUCCAUGAUGGACUCCCCUAGCCGAGUCUUCGCUGCGAUACUACCGGCUGCCGGCCGGGAAUUGGCCGGUGAUGAAAAAGAGCAGGGCCUCGAAGUGAGAACAGUUACUAGAGAUGGUCCAGGUAGCCGGGGGAGGAGGGAGGUCCGGGUCACGGGGCGAGCGGAGGUUUGUUGCCCGGCGGACAGAGCGUCGAUGCGGAUCUGUGUGGGCUACAGCAAGGAGUCGGUCAACGAGGUGACCAACAGCGUUUCUCGGCGGCUAGAGUACAUUUUACAGGCUCUCAGGCAUAACGGCAUUGGGGACGGGGACACCUCCGUGAGGAGAUUUCUCCACCGAGAUGAGGCUCUGUAUCGCCUGGACGUCGAGGUCGUGGUCACGUUCUCGGAUUUUGAGAAGAUGGAACAAGUGUGCAGAAUCCUGCUGGAAAAGCUGGACAAGAGCGUCAGCGUGGGGACGCCGCAGUUCUACCACAGCGCCGAGUGCUUGGGUCAGACGAGGCAGCGUGCGUGUGUGUCAGCCGUUGACAACGCUCAUCAGAAAGCCAGCAAAGUCUGUCAGCUCCUGGGGCAAAGUUUGGGAUCUCCCCUGCUGGUUAAAGAGGAGGAAACCAAGGAGUGGAGGAAUGAGGAGGAGGAGGAAGAGGAUGGAGGCGGAGGGCAGGGUCCUGCACCACCCCCCCACUUUCCCCACAUACCUACAAUCACUGCCUCCUCACAGGUGUCCGUCUCCUUCAGCCUCAGAGACAGAAGCAGGAAAAACCUCUAGACAGCGCGAACACAGACAGUGGACUUGGAUUGUGUAACACUUUAUUGCAAAGCUGCAAUAUUCAGAUAAAAGUGCAAUCUUUUUUCUUUUUUUCUUUUAAUUUCACCAACAGUCAUGUUAAAACUCCUGGUGUAAAAAAAUAAUUUCAAGCAUUUAUCAUUAUUUAACGAAACAUUCAUGUUUGUUGUUUAAUAUUCAGAUCAACCAGCAGUUUUUCAAUUAAAUGUUUUAUAUACAUUUGUAAGGCACGUUUAAUUAAAAUACUGUAUAUUUUUACCUCUCAUAGAAAUAAAGGUGGCAACCGAUGA